AUGGUAAAGUGCAAAAAAUGGGAUAACACUGCGCCAGAUAUUGCUGCGCGAUGCCUUGAUAACACGUACAUGCUGCGCACCCCCGCUACUCUUUUUUUUACCUUUUUUCAACAACUGGCAGAGAAAAACCACCACGUAACGGUCGAACUCAAAAAUGACUUGCAAAUUUCUGGAGUAUUGCAUUCGGUAGACCAAUAUCUGAAUAUCAAAUUGACUAAUGUAACUGUGAACCACCCGGAGAAGUAUCCUCACUUGCUAUCGAUCAAGUCCUGCUUUGUGCGGGGCUCCGUCGUGAGGUAUGUUUUCCUUCCGUCCAAAGAAAUCGACGUGGACAAGUUACACCACAUGUGCAGGAAGGAAGCCAAGAUGACUUCGGAAAAGGAGAAGGAGAGAAAGUGA